AUGGAAGCAUUAUAACAUAUAUUAAAAACUCAAGGAACUAAUGUUACAAAUAUAGAUCUGGAAUUCAAAUCAAUUGAAAAUUUAGAGGAUUUAUUGCCAUAAUUAGCAAAUUUUAGCAAUCUAAAAGAACUUAACUUGCAUGGAAAUCGUUUGGCUUACUUACCUGAUGAUUUAAGUUUAUUAGACACUGUCGAAGUUCUUGAUAUCUCCAAUAACAUUUUCUCUGAUGUUAAUACUUUUCAUAAAUUAUUUUAGUUAGGCCAAGUUGUGGAUGCAUUAUCAACGAUGCCCAAUUUGAUUCAUCUUGAAAUUACUAUACAAUCAAAGGAAGAGGAGUAAUUCAUUUUAGAAUGCCUAUCCAAUCUUUAAAUUUUGAAUUCCUAAAAAGUGAAUGGAGAAUAAGAGGGAGCCGAUGAAACCUAGGAGUAAUAAAGUGAACAACAAUCUGAUAGAUCCAUGAGUGCAGUUUAAGAUAUUACUCUUUAGUAAUACGAUCUAGAAUAGAUGGCUAUAUUAUAUGAUAGCAUAAGAGAAUACAAGUAAGAGAAUCAAGAAGAUAAACAAUUCGAUCAUUAAAUAAGAGCAAUAAUGCUUGAACUAUAAUAGAAGCUAAAACAAAACAAUCCUGAUCACUUAACCAAUCUUUAUAUUUUAACAGCAAAAUUUAACUUAUAUGAAAUCUGCUUCAAAUCAAUCAUUAAGCAUUUCAAAGCUAAUGAUAAAAGCUUGGAUGUAAUAAUCACCAAAAUUCAUGAUAUGCAUUUAUCAAUUUUCAAUGACCUGUUUAAUGUGAUUCAAAAUGUCAAACCUUAAUCUAAAAACACAUCCUAAAUUGUUGAUAAUAAAAAACAAGUGAAUCAACCAUAACAAGGAGAUAAAGCAGUUGAAAAUAGAUUGAGAUUAGAGUUAUCAGAACUUCAAUAAUAAAAUGCUGAAUUAGAAAAGGAAAAUAAGAGAUAUCUAGAUUUACUCAUAAAACAUUCAAAAGGUGACAAGUCAUCAAUACCUAAUUCGGAACAUGUAAUAAAAUAAUAAAGUGACUCAUAUCAAUCGUAAAAUUAUACUAAAAAUCACCAAUCCUCUAGUCAAUAAAAUAAUGUUAUUUUUUAAUCAAAACAAUCUUAAAAUCUUAAUUCAGUACCUCAAUAAAUUAAUGUCAGACACUUAACAUUGAAAUAACUAAAAGAUGUCAUUCAAGAAAUCUAUGAAAGCAAACAAAAAUUUGAUUAGAAAUGUGCUGAAUCUAAACUGCCCAGAGAAACCAUGGAAUAACAUAUGUAUACUUUUCUAAAUUAGAAAUAUGGACUUAAGAGUCUCAUUAUUGAGUGGGCUACAUCAAUAGUUAAUGCACUUAAAAAGUAUUCAGCUGAGGAUAAUGAUGUGGCUGUGUUUGGUAAAAUACUAAGGAAUGAAUGUGAUGAGGAGUUUCGCUUUGUUUAGACCCAAGUCAAAAAUACCAUGCAAGAAUUAUUAAAAAUGUACUUAAGAGGCAAAUUUCCAUUGAAACAUUAAGCAGAAAUCAAGGAAAUGCUUAAUCAAAGGAUAAAUGGACAACUUUAUGAGGAAGAGGCUGUAGACAUUAUCAAAUAUAUGUACAACCAAGAAGAUUCUGAAUUACUAUUGAACAAAUUAAAAUAAUACUACAUCGUACCUCACAAAAAUCCAGAUAGAAGGUUGACUAGGGAAGAACAAUUGUCAUUACUUCAAGAAAAAGAUAAAUAUAAGUUAGAAUAUUCAGUGUUUCAGAAGAUAAUAUUAGAUUUCCAAUUAAAAUCCCAUGAGAAAUAUCUGAAGAAAUUUAUUAUGACUUUUAAACAAAUGGAUACAGAUGCUAAUGGAAUUAUUGAUGAAAAUGAAUUUCGAAACUUAAUUGAUGUUCUAAACUUUGGAGCAGGAGAUCUUGAUAUUGAGAAAUACUUGAACAUCAUUGACCCUUAUAGUCAUUAAUAGAUUACAUUUUCAUAGUGCGUUACUCUUUUUUCUUCAGAAUCUGUGCCUGGCUCUAACGGAUAAAUCCAAAUACUAUAAAAGAUUUCAGAAUAAUGA